ACCUAUAUCGAGUGCCAGUAUCUCCUGUUCGUCCCUAUGGGAGAGAUCCACAGUGUGAAGUCAGAUAGUCAUUUGUUUACAUGGCAAUACUGAUUGGAUUUUCAACAUUACCUAAUAGCUGAUGAUCUGCAUUGCUCCAUUUAAAGAUGUUGAAAUGAUGUGAUCAAAUACUUGGUGAAAGUCCGAGAAAGAUGACAGUUUUAUUCUGGAUUGUUUUAUCAGAGAAUGAAGGUCAAGGUGGAUGGCAUGAGUGAGAAGAGGUCAAGUAACUCUAGUGUUGACCACUGUGACCCUAGUCACAAUGGAGAGGAUACCAGUGAUCCCAGUCCCCAUGGUGAUGAACUCAGUGAUCCUGGUUGCGAAGUUCAUGAUACCUGUGACCCUUGUUGCCAUGGAGAUGUGAGUGAAUGCAAUCUACACAGAGAAGAAACCAGUGACCCUAGUCUCAAUAGUGAUGGCCUGAGAGACCCUUAUCACACUUGUGAUGAACCCAGUGACCAUUGUUCUCAUGGUGAUGACUAUAGUGACCUCAGUAUCCAUGGUGAUGACCCCAGUGAUCCUACACUCCAUGUAGAUAACCCUUGCAGUGAUGAUGUCAUGGAUGAAGAGAGCGCUGGCAUUCAUGAGGGGUCUGACCGUGACCCUAGGAACUUUAAGUGUGGGGGUGAGGCUGUAGGGCAAAUAGGGGCCAUAAAGGGACAGUAUAUUCAAGAAGAGGAGGGAUCUGAAGAGACAGAACAGGACCUGUCAGAUCUUGGCACAAUUGAGCUCCCCGACUCAGCCAGCAAGCCUGACCCACCACCUCGCACUGACAGUCAUGGUGUAAGCGGUGGGGUAGCACCCCAGGGGAGACUGAUGGUGGACAGCCUGACCCAAGGGGAUGGGGAGGAGUCAUUUUCCUGGGACAAACAGAGAGAUUACCUGCUCACAUGUAUGGGCUUCAUCAAUGGGCUCGGCUGUCUGAUAAAAGCUGGAGUGUACAUUAUGAAGCAUGGUGGAGGUGUGUUCUUCAUCGCCUACCUCUUGUGCAUGUUGGUGAUUGGAUGCCCUCUGGUGUUCCUGGAGACCGCCCUGGGGCAAUAUGUUGUUGGGGGGCCACUAAAUGCCUGGAAGGUCAUACCAUUAUUCUCAGGUAUUGGUCCAUGUAUGGUGACCUUGACCUUUCUGCUGACCUGUUACUACGCCAUGGAGGUCACAUGGGCUGUGUACUAUUUUGGGAUUGCCAUGGCAACAGCCCUUUCAGGAAGCCAACUGCCCUGGCAGUGUGGCAACAUGACAGAUGUACAGUGUUAUUUAGAUUCCUACUCUGCUUUAACCAACUCAUCAAGGGACACAACUCUUGGAACAUUCAACAACACAGAUCCACAUUCCAAAAUAUAUAGAGGGGCCAUACAGUAUUUCUAUGAGGAGGUGCUGGUUGCUGGGGUUGACAUGGAGGAACUGGGACCACCUGUCUGGUAUCUAUGUCUGUGUCUGCUGCUCAUCUGGGCUUGUGUUUAUGCCUGCCUCAUGUAUGGACCAACAUCUAUUGGCAAGGUGAUGCAUGUACUGGCCCCCUUCCCCUACCUGGGUCUACUGGUACUGUUUGUGAUGUCGAUGCUGCAAGAUGGCAGUCUGACUGGGGUACGAUACUUCCUCAGUCCAGACUGGCACAAACUAGGAGCUGUGGAGAUUUGGUAUGAUGCGGGUAAGCUUCUGUUCUACACGUUGAGCCUAGGUACGGGAUGUUUACACACGCUGGCGGGAUACACCCAUUUCCAUAGUCACUGCUACAGGAACUUUCUGUUGAUCUGCAUGUGUAACGUUUUAGCAGUGCUGUUUAGUGGGUUGACAGUCUGCUCAGGUCUCGGCAUUCUAGCUAACAUCACCAACACCUCAGUAGAAAACCUUCCACAUCACACAGAAUAUGAGGUUGGUUAUGCCGUAUACCCCUACAUCUUGACACGGGUGUCAGACUCCACCGCGUUCCUCAUGCUGUACUUCUCGGUUGUGUGUGUAGUAGGCGUGUCUUCCCUGCUCGUGCUUGUACAAACUCUUAUUGAGGCGGGACUCGAGUGGCACAGGGGACGAGGUGGGACUGUCACCAGGCAGCGUCGCUGGGCAUUACAACUUGUGCUUUGUAUUUUCUUUAUGGCGGUUGGCAUCCUUCUCACAACCAAGCUGGGUGUGUACAUUAUCCACUACCUGGACGGGUAUGUGACCCUUGUCAUGCCCUAUAUCGUGGUGCUGCUCGAGUGCUGUAUCCUCAUGUACGUGUUUGGGGCCCAGAAGUUCCUUCACAACAUCGAAGAUAUGACGGGACACAAGAAUUCACUCUGGUGGAUGACCAACUGGAAAUUUGUUACACCAUGUGUACUUAUGGGCCUGAUCACAUGUGCGGGAAUAAAUGGUGGACCUAGUCACUACGGUCAUGUCCAGUACUCAGGCUGGUCAAAGGUGUUGGGCUGGUGUCUUGCCCUAGCACCUGGGCUUUGGGUGCCUGCACUUGCUGUAUGGGCUCUUAUUUGGGAACAUGGAAGCUUGGUUGAGAGGGUGAAAGUGCUGCUGAAGGUUCCGGAUGGUUGGGGUGCUGGGCUUGCAUUCGGACACGAGCACACACCGGCCCCAGACUAUGUGAUCUGCCAACCGGACAACCACCGCCCCAUACACGGCCUCGCCAUGAUCACAGCCAGUCUCUACAUUCCCCAGAUGGUACAAUUGACUGCUGAGGAGGUGCCCCCAGAGACUGGCUCAGAGAUGACGGGGGGUUUCAUGUCUGACUUGAUGACGAUCACGAGCUCUGACAGUAUUGGGAGCGGGCCGGAGAACGAGGAGCGCGGCAACUGGCGGGGAAAACUGGAGUUCAUCCUAUCCUGUCUCGGCUAUGUUGUGGGGCUUGGUAACAUUUGGAGGUUUCCGUACCUGGUAUACAGGAAUGGGGGUGGUGCAUUUUUCAUCCCCUACUUUGUGAUGGUAACACUAUGUGGAAUUCCUCUCGUGUACAUGGAGAUGGCUUUUGGUCAGUAUGCCAGUCUUGGACCAGUAACCAUCUGGAGGGCUUGUCCUAUCUUUAAAGGAGUUGGGUAUGCAAUGGUGGUGACAGUGGCAAUCAUCUGUGUGUACUACAACAUUGUGAAUGCCUGGGCCCUGCACUAUUUGUUCUCCUCAUUCUCGGCUAGUCUGCCCUGGGCCUCCUGUGACAACCCCUGGAAUACAGAUGCGUGCAGACUUAAUCGCUACGAGGUGACAAACUGUUCACUGGUGAAUGCCACCUACAUCCUCAGUUCGGACACAGAGAAUGACAACUGCUCACAGUAUCUACUAGACUGCAUGCAUGCCACUAACCAAUCAGCAUUCCCUAAAGAAAAUACCACAGUGUGUAUCGAGUGGUUAGAGGACCAGCAUGGUGAGGCCAUCUAUCUACCAGAAAGGCAAUCGCUCAUGGCCACUCUCAAGGACCCAAGUGCCGAGUACUUCUACAAAGAGGUGUUGAACAUAUCAGACGGCCUACAUGAGAUGGGUGGGGUACAGUGGCAGCUGGCUCUUUAUCUGCUGCUGUGCUGGGUCAUCGUGUUCCUAUGUCUUGUCAGGGGAAUCUACUCUGCAGGCAAGGUAGCCUACUUUGUGGUAAUCAUCCCCAUCGUCAUUCUGGUCGUCCUGCUAAUCUGCUCGAUGCUGGUGGACGGCCACCUAGAGGGAAUACGUUUCUAUGUGACCCCCAAGUGGGAUCACUUUUUGUCAUUCCGCGUAUGGAGUGAUGCUGCUUCACAGGUGUUCUUUUCCCUGUCUGCGUGUAGUGGGGGGCUGACCACACUUUCCAGUUAUAACAAGUUCCAUAAUAAUAUUUAUAGGGAUGCAAUAAUCAUCUGUGUAAUAGACACGCUGAUGAGCAUUCUGGCUGGGUUUACAGUAUUUGCCUCCCUUGGCAUUCUGGCUCAUCAGCUGGAUACAUCUAUAGAAAAUGUUGUGACAUCAAAUAUAGGCUUGGUGUUUGUAGCAUUCCCGGCAGCAGUGACCAACUUCCAGCCAUCAGCCAUGUGGUCAGCUUUCUUCUUCUUGAUGAUCAUCAUGAUGGGCAUGAGCUCGCUGCUUGUCAUGACGGAAAUCAUCGUCACAGUGAUGAUGGACGAAAAGGUGGAGGUGUUCCGCAAGUCGCGGAUUCUUGUCCUCCUUGUGGUGUGCUCCUUGUUGUACCUUCUUGGUCUUCCACUUACAACUAGGGGUGGCCAGUACCUACUCCAACUGCUAGAUGAGUUCUGUGGGGGUACCCCCAGUGUGGUUGUAGGUCUCUUCAUGUGUCUUGGGCUUGCCUGGGUUUAUAGGGUGCGACAUUUCUGCAAGGACAUCCAGCUGAUGAUUGGUCACCCUGUCUCCUGGUGGUGGCGGGCAAUGUGGUGUGUCGUCUCGCCACUCAUUAUGAUGUUUAUCUUGGUGUCGACCAUCGUCUCGGGGGUCGACCUGGAGGAUGAAGUAUACCCUGCCUGGGCCGAGGGGCUCGGGAUUGUUCUCGUUACAUCUACAGUCAUUACCAUUCCUAUUUACGCAAUCAAGAAAGUCUCCAGUCUAGAGGGAUCUAUCAUGCAGCGUAUCCGUGAGUCAUGCCUGUCAGCCGAGAACUGGGGCCCUGCACUUGUCAAACACUGGAAACAUGUGGAGUACUACCCUGCCGUCAACACUCAUACGUUGUCUUUAGACAUAGAACACAGCCCAGUACAUGCCAUAACAGAUCGUGUUGACUUCUCCACAAACGAUGUACGUGCUCCAAAGCUUUCUGAGGCUAGUCUACUGUCUCUGACGCGGCAGAUGUCACCAAGGAAACCACAACAGCUUCGACAGCGAGCAAUACUCAACCACGCAUACAGCAACCCACAGUGCCACAUAUCAAAUGGUUCCCUGGACCAGGUCAAGCCCCACCAGCAGGAGGCCCCACUCCCACAGACUCAUGGGUAUACUCUCAUCGUGUCCCCCAGGCGAUCCACUGUGGUUCCAGGGGUUGAUGUCGCCACACAGACAGAUGCACGCAGCUUUACACUUGCUCUCAAACAUGGGAGUGUACGCAGUCUGAAAGAGAUGAAGAUUGAGACAGGGCCAGAAGUUGAAGGGCGUGGCAAACACCCAAGCAGUGUGUUACAUGUAGAGGUCACCAGGUUUUGACCUUCAACUUUCACACCACCAACAGUUGGUGCGAUUGUUCUAACAAGCGCGGGCGGUUGGCAGGAGUAUACAUUGAAGUUGAUAGAUGCAGCAAACUCCUCACCCGUGUAUUACAUGUUAAGGUUCUGAUCUUGACCAUUGGAACAGUGAACACUUUCUUAGUUGUUCUGUUGGUUAAUAACUUCAGGCAGUAUUAACAAGAGAAUACAGUGUUUCAGUGUAACCAUGUAAAUCAUGGAAACCUUAUGCAAGAACAAGCAUGAUGCUUGUGAUGGUUUAAAGAAGUAGCGUUGUCUUCAUAUUUUCAACUGAACAGUGUAUUAGGUCAAUACAAGGCUGCCCAUAAUAGCCAAUUCAAGCAAGGAAAUCACAGAUGAGAAAAUUUGCAUUUGCAACACCUUCACAGCGGACUUGUAUGAAAAUGAUGGGUGACUCAAGAUUAAGUACAGAGCAGUGUCAAAAAAAAUUCACAAUUUUAAAAAUUGGACCAAGGGCUAGUGAUGGACUAUAGGAGAGGGGUGUUUAGAUUUAGGUCGGAAUUUGUUUCCACCGGUGGUGUUCAUUCCAGUUAUUUAGUUAGUCUCUGUCUGUACUGCAUUGCUGACCUUCUAUGAUAUUCGAAGCAUAUUUCAUUGGAAAUUUUCAAUGUUGCAAUUAAACUAUUGUAAUAUUAUUGUCUUAAUAUAUGCCAAAAAAGGGGUAUUAUUGAUGGUUACUUUGCAACUGAGAAAAACGUAUGCUAAAAUGCAAAGAAUGUAUGACUAUUUAUCGUAGUAUAACUUUAUUUAUAUAACCGUUCAAUGAGCAAGUUUCUUUUGUUUCACUACGAGGUAUCUUUUUGUCAUAUUAUCAAGUUGAUCUCAUUUUAGUAGUUCGUUUUUUGCUUGAGCAUUUUUCAAACAAAUAUACUUUAAUAUGUGCAAUAUUUAAGCAAAUUCUUAUGAUCUGGUAUCAUAUGAUCUACGUAUUAUUAAAUCAUUGAAUUAUUUGAUUGUAACUACAGUCGAAACUCGUUGGCUCGGUAUCUCAUGGCUCGAUAUCCUCGUUGGCUCGAACCAGAUUAAAAGGACCGUUUUUUUUUUACUCUUUGUUCAUAUAAAAUUCGAUCGGAUGGCUCAAUAUCAUGAGGGUCGAUAUUUCUCCACGCUCGAAGUUGUUUUCGCGUACCCAAACAAGAAUUUCUCACUUUGUUUUGUUUGCUUGGGUCGAUGUCAUUUUCGCGGGUUCUGUUUAGAAUCUCGCACCUUGAUUUGUUUGCUCGGCUUCAUUCAGCACAAGGCCCUAAUCGAUUAAAAUUGCUUGACUGGUAGUAUAAUUAUUAUCAAAUUUAAAUAGUUGAACAGUUUGAAUAAACAUGCCAUCACUUAAAGUUCUGUCUCUAAUUGUUAUCCAUCUAUAAAUUUCUAUGCAUUUUGAUAUAACUUAUAAGCUAUGUUUGUGUUACCAACUGUUUACAAUUGCUUGUUUGUUGUUUUCGCAUAAAUGUAUUUUUAUAAUAAAUAAAAAAAUCAGAUGAUAUUUUCUAAAGUAACGAAUAAGUCAUGUUACGAACUUGACGAUGCUUAACUAUGUCCAAUAAUAAAUACUCUUCUUUUCUCUUGCGGAGAUAGCAUAGCCAAUUACAAACGAGGUAAAUAAGACUUUUUGUAACAAAUAAAAAAAUAACAUUCUGUAAGCAAUCCCGCUUGGCUCGAUAUUCUCAAGGCUCGAAGUAUUUUGGCCGGUCCCUAGAAUAUCGAGCCAUCGAGUUUCGACUGUACAUGUAUGAUAAUGAACAUAUGUAUGUUGAAUAUCAAUCAAUUAAUUUGUAGGUAGUCAGCACAAUCAAAUCAUUGUGAUUUUUGCACCAUAUCAGAUAUUUGCUAUGCAUAAUUUGUAUAUAUAAUAUAGAUGUAAGUAUUUUUCAGAAUUCAUUUGUUAAUACCACUUCAUUCCCAACAUACUGUGAUCCUGUUGAAUAAUAAACGUUUAUAGUUGACAUGGAA